AUGGACGUGAACAAUGGACAGAAGACUUUCACGUGUCAGCAGUGUGAAAAGAGUUUCCCAAGAAAAAGUAACCUGGAGACACACAUGAGAACUCACACCGGAGAGAAACCUUUCACGUGCCUUCCGUGUGGACAGGGUUUCGCAAGUAAAGGUAACCUUGGGAAACACCUGACAGUUCACAGCGAAAAGAAACCCUUCAUGUGUCAGCAGUGUGGAAAGAGUUUCACAUGUAAAAGUAACCUGGAGACACACAUGAGAACUCACACCGGAGAGAAACAUUUCACGUGUCAUCUGUGUGGAAAGAGCUUCACAUCUGACAAUCACCUAAAGAGACACUUGAGAAUUCACACCGGAGAGAAACCUCACGCAUGUCAGCAUUGUGGAAAGAGUUUCAAAUAUACCAAUAACCUGAAGAAACACUUGAGAAUGCACACUGGGGAGAAACCAUUUACAUGUCGACUGUGUGAAAAGAGUUUCACAAGGGAAGGUAACCUUCAGGUACACAUGAGAACUCACAUUGGAGAGAAACCUUAA